AUGGCCAACGUUGGGCCUUACAGUAAUCAGUGUGCGGCCCCAUUCAAUGCAUGGCAUGAACAAGGAUGCACGAAAGUGAAUGGGACCAAGACCAAGUAUCAAAUCCAGGUGGGAAUGCCUCCAAUGGCUCCACCCGAAGUGAAAAAACUGUUUGUACUCCAACUGCAUGCCUUAAAUCACCUCAAAAACGCAUCCGGACUCGGUCACCAUUGUGAAGAGGACAUGGUGGAAGUUCAUGGAAACAAAUACAGCUGGACUUAUAUCGACAAUCGCAACUCCCCUUACUUGCGAAUAGUGCACCCAAUGUUCAUGGAGAGCUGA